CCGAGGGCUUGAUCGUUGUCCAAAAUGGUGCAUCUUCGGCUCAACGAGAAGCAGAGCUCUCCAAAUCCUUUCAUCAAUUUUAUCACCGCGUUACCGUACAGUGGAGCUGAUGAAGAUAGCGCUGCUAAGUCUCUUUUGUGUGCGCUAGCUGCGCAAGUGAAGCCUGUCAUGCGGGCCCACGGACUUACGAUUAAUAGUUUGGAGGAGUACGAGGUAGCUCUGGGCAACAUGCUUGUAAUUAAAGUUAACGUGAACUUGUAUCAAAGGAGGAAUUGGAAUGCUGGGGAGACGAUCGAACUUGUGUUAAGGAAACCCAACGGAGAGUUUUGGCCCGUGGAGUACCUUCUAGGAGUGCUUUGUCAUGAGCUUUCCCAUAUUAAGCACAUGCACCAUCUGCCAUCAUUUCAUGCAUUUCGUCUGCAACUUACACGCGAAACUGAGGAGCUCCGAUCUAAAAUGUAUUUUGGGGAUGGCAUGUGGUCUGUAGGCCGCAGGCUAGGAAACUCGAAAUUGGUGCUUGGAGUGGAAGCGGGUUUGGCAAACAUUUAUCCCGACCACAUAUGUGGCGGAGCUACCCCACAAAGUCGACGCACGGCCCUAAGGGAACAUCAGAAGAAGCGUAGUCGAAAGUCGGUUCUGCCUUGCCAAUUUUCGGGGCCUCAAACCUCAAAAAGGGCAAGAAACGGCUCACGUGUGACACGACGAGAUGCUUUUGGUGGUCCUGAGAAUAAAGCAUUAGGAAGAAGAUUAGAUGAGGACAUAGGAGACGAGGAUGAAAAAAAACGGGGGGCGGGAUUUCGCAAGAGAACAAAUAGUCGCUUGGCCCGUCAAAUGCGAGCCGAAGCUGCGGAGAAACGCUUGAAUCAAUCAUCGACCUCAGCAUCAUCUCUACCAACGGGUUCUGAUGGAGUAAUGAAAAAAGAAUUUGGUACACUUUCCGGUGCCAGUGAUGACGGAGAUGAUUACGAGAGCGUUCCGGAGGAGGAUUCAGGUCGUCGAAAGAUGCUGGAAAGGUUCGAAGCCAUGUCCGGCGGGUAUCAAGAAAAGUUCGUCGUUCCCUGCCCCAAAACGCUGCCUACCUCCGAACACAAGGCAAAGGCAGAACGCGAUCCGCAAACUCAAUCGUCCAUUCUAUCAUACUUUGCACCCGCAGCGGGCCCAAGUGCAUCGUUCAAUGUUGAGAUUCCUGUGAACGAGGUCCAGGCUUACCUGAUCUGUGAUGAAGUGCUGACUCGAAAAAAAGAGUCCAUCGGUUCGGGAGAAUCCUUUCUUCUGGGCGGAGUUGCGGAUGAUACUCAGAGAACUACGUCCCAUAGAGGUCGCUAGAAACAUUUUACCGCAAAUCCCAGUUGGCCUGGAACGUCUCAGUCUAGAAAAAAUACCAAGAGUUAGACCUGCCUGGCUUGCACUCUGUAAUUUAUUCUUUCUAGCGAUUGUCUUUAUAGUUGAUCGAUUGUGCGGACAAAAUAAAUCACUGUGACUACAUU